UUUGUUUUUGUUUUGCACUUUUAAUUCCAGACAGAAUUACUAAUGAAAAAUCAUGACUGCUCUAGGAAAAACUAAAUAAAUUUCCAAAAAUAAUGCAAAAAUUUACGGAAAAGGUGCACAGUGAACGGGAAAAACCAGAAGUGGUGUGGAUUAAACGUGAAGAUUUGGAAGAGCCUGCCGACAAAACGGAAACGGAAGUUAGGCGAGGUAAACAAAUACCCAUUGUUUAUAGUAAACAAUAUGGAGUAAAUUUUGCUAAAUUGGAAAAACUACAUCCGUUUGAUGCCCAAAAAGGCAAGAAUAUAGCCAAGAUUUUAUUGGAAACCCAGGUUAUAAAGGGUAGAUUCUAUGAACCUGAGGAAAUUACACACGAAGAACUAUUAAAGGUACACAAACUGAAAUAUUUAAAUAGUUUAAAAUGGAGUUUGAAUGUGGCCAAAAUAGCGGAAAUACCGAUUUUAUUAUUUGUACCCAAUUGUUGUGUCCAGCGGGGCUAUUUGAAACCCAUGCGUUUUCAAACUGCAGGCUCUAUAAUGGCAGGCAAAUUGGCUUUACAAUACGGUUGGUCUAUUAAUUUGGGUGGUGGUUUUCAUCAUUGUUGUUCCUAUAAAGGUGGAGGUUUUUGUCCUUAUGCCGAUAUUACUCUAAUGAUACAACGCAUUUUCGCAGAGGAACGUUAUAUAGAACAGAUUAUGAUUGUAGAUUUAGAUGCACAUCAGGGCAAUGGCCAUGAACGAGACUUUAUGAAUAAUGCUUAUGUUUAUAUAUUGGAUAUGUAUAAUUUUCGUAUAUAUCCCAAGGAUCAUGAGGCUAAACUGGCCAUACGUUAUGCCGUGGAAUUGCAGCCAAGAACAAAUAAUCGAGAGUAUUUGAGAAAGCUGAGAAAAGGUUUAAAUUAUGCCCUUGAGGAGUUUCAUCCCCAACUAGUGGUUUAUAAUGCUGGUACAGAUAUUUUAGAGGGAGAUCCUUUGGGCUAUUUGUCCAUAACACCAGAGGGCGUCAUCGAACGUGAUGAAUUUGUUUUUGCCACUUGUCGUUCGCGCAAUAUACCCAUUGUCAUGCUUUUAAGUGGUGGCUAUUUGAAGGCCUCCGCCAAAGUUAUAGCUGAUUCUAUUUUGAAUUUAAAACAAAAAGGUUUGUUGCAUUAAAGGAAAACGUUUUGGGAAGUUUAUUAUUUAAUGUCCUUGUAAAGGAAUUGUUUUAAGAAUGUUUGUACCUAAAAUUGAAAAUUGUGUACCUAAAAGGAAUUGUCUGAAAUUUAAAAAUAAAAAAAACUUUGUCUUCUAAUAAAAUCGUAGAAAAUGGAAACAAAAAUA